AGGGCGCUGCUCCAUCGCCGCUCUUGCGGAAGAAAAGAGAGUCAGUCAGUACAUGCGCCGCUCGCCGUGCAGUCAGCUGGGUACUCGCUGACUGAAGAGCACGUACAGUAACUUCGGCUACACUUCAGUACAUGUGUCGAUGCUGGCCGAAAUAGUUAUGCCGGAAAAUCAACAUCACUGUGACUCUCAAACACGGAUACUAAAUUAGACACUCUCAUUGAGAAACAGCCAUGGAUUCAUUAAACAGAUAUUUUUUGGAACGACUGGGAAAGUAGGAAAUUUCUGUUUCUUUAAGACCGAAGUUUUUGUAUUGUUUUAAAAGCUAUUAUAACUGGUUUAACACAUUAGCUUUCGAAAUCAAAUGAAAUAUGUUUCUUAAAUUACUUCCUGAAUAACUGUACCAAUGUUACUUUAUUUUUAGUGGUUUAUGUAUUUUUCAAAACAGUUAUUUUCCCUUUUUAUCAAAUAAUUUUACAAAUUACUACAAGUACAUAUCUCCGUUACCAGUGAAAUGUAUAGUGUGUUUGAUAAGUUUGCAGAAGAAUGAGAAAAAUUAUCGAAUUAUGUUACAUGCAAAUAAAGGCAUAAAAUUUUAAGUUGAUUUUGAAGAAAAUAAUACAAACUAAUAUUAUUUGUGCAUUUAUGGAAAUUGAAUUGUGAACGGAAUGCUAUUUCAACAACAACUGAAGCCUGCGCAUAUCUGCUGGAUAUUAUGCUAAAAUUUGGCCCAGAACGUUAAGCAAAGUGAAAUACAUCACUAUUAAGUUUUAAAGUUUAACAAAAUUAUAAAUUUAAAUGAAAGUAAAAUAUAAAGCUUUUAUUCCAGCUGUCCAAUGACUGACUAUACGGUGUAAACAACUCCAAUAGUUUUACUGAAUAGUUUUACUGAAUUCAUAAUUCUAUGCUUUGAGCAAGUGUGACACAUAUAGAAUUGGUUCUGAUUGUUUUGGUAGCUAGCAAUUCUCAACAAGAAUCUCAAGGAUGUUUUUAAUCAACUAAUUAAAACGUUAUGGGAAAUAUUCAACAAAAAGAGAUAGAUUUAUUGGAACUGUACUUGCGAGAUCCAGCUUUACGACAUAAUGUUACUCAGUGUGUCAACGAGACAGAAAACUCUAAUUCUAGUGAGGAACAGGCAUGGGCCCGAUGCUUGGGUGAAUUCGUACCUGGGGCUCUUCUAAGCCGGCCCUAUCUUUUACCAUGGCAGGUGCAGGCUAUCUGGGCACUGCUGUUUGGGAUUAUGAUUUCGAUAGCUGUGGCUGGCAAUGCCAUCGUGGUCUGGAUCAUCUUGGCUCACAGGCGCAUGCGAACCAUCACCAAUCUUUUCUUGCUGAAUCUGGCUAUAGCGGAUUUCCUCCUGGCUAGUGGAAAUGCAGCUUUCAACUUUGUGUUCAUGCUGGAAAGUCACUGGCCUUUCGGAGAAGUCUUUUGCAUCGCGAGCAAUUUUCUCGCCAACCUAACAGUUUCGACGUCCGUCUUCACUAUCCUCGCCAUGAGCAUAGACAGGUAA